AUGGUCAUAACUCCAGAGGCUUUAAUGGAUGGGCAGAACAUGACAAUCGACAUUUCUGGCAGCUAUUACAUGGGCGGUUCAGCCUCUCCAAACACAAUUAUGAUAUUCAAUGGAGAGGAUCCAAUUGGUUCCUUCAAAGCUGAUUUCAAUAGUGAUUCCAAAUUAACGUCAUUUUAUAUUAGUACAACUCUUCCAGCUGAUUACAAAGCUACAAACAACUUCAAUAAUUACAAAAAAUUGUGGUGGCUCGUUGCGGUGCCCCUUUUCAUGCGGUGCCCUAAGCACGUGCUUAAGGCGAAACAAGUUAGCAGCUUCAAGUAUCUCGGAAGUCUGAUUACCUCAGGUUCUAAAUGUGAUGUAGAUAUCAAAGGGAAAGCUAUGGCAAAUGAUGCAUAUUCUAAAAUAAAAAACAUCCUCACCAACAGUAAAAUCAAAAAAGGAAAGCUAUAG